AUGUCCCGUGCAGUCGUAACGGUGGCAAUGCACGACUGUGCUGCUGCUAAUAGCAUGUGGCUACAGAGUGUGCGCUGGAUGGGUCGUGGUCCUACUAUCCAAGGCAAGAAAACCGCCACAGACGCGAAACGCACGGCCACGAACGCUAAAUUAGCGCGCGAGAUUAUGGUCAUUUCUAAAUCGGUGGCAGGAGACGUGAACAAUGUCAGGCUGCUGGCCGUAGUAAACAAGGCCAAAGCGGUCAAUAUGCCAAAAGACAAGAUCGAGGCGGCGAUCAAGCGUGGCGUUGAGGGCAAAGACGGCAGCAACGCUGAAGCUGUGCUCUAUGAAGCUUCGGGGCCGGCUGGUAGUGCACUGAUGAUCGAGACAUUGACCGACAACAAGCGCAGGACGGCGCCUGCACUGCGUCAUAUUUUGAGCAAGUUUGGUGGCGUUUUGGGUACCAAUGGCUCUGUUUCGUGGAUGUUCGAGCGUAAGGGCUACCUGGAGAUUGAGCUGCCGGUGGGUAACGGAGAUCAGCCGGAGAUGGACGAGGAUGCUCUUAUGGAGAUUGCGCUUGACGCGGGGGCGGACGACGUGGAGAUGCAUGACGGCUUGGCACAAGUCGUGUGUGAUCCUUGUGGCUUGUCUUCUGUGCGCAAAUGUUUUACCGAGGCCGGACUUGAGCCCACCAUCUGCGAACUUGUUUACAACCCGAAGGAGUUCUUGGAUCUCGAAACGGAGCAACGGGAGACCUUUGACAAGCUCGUUGAUGCUCUGAACGAGGACGAUGAUGUAAACCAAAUACACCACAAUAUCAACGAGUAG